AUGGAAAAGCAACAUCACCCGUCUGAUGUUGCAGAAUCUGGCCUUGAAAAGCUCAAGGUCGAUGAGUCCGUGCUACGUGAUGUGGAUUUCGGACAAGUCCUCGAGCUUGAGACAACACCAGAAAUGGAGAAGAGAGUCUUGAGAAAGCUGGAUCUUUUUUUGAUACCUCUUAUGGGCGGAUGCUAUAUGCUGCAGUAUAUCGACAAGCUAGCAAUCAGCCAGGCGACCCUUUUCAACCUUCGACAAGACUUGAACCUAAAAGGCAAUGAAUACAACUGGGUAUCCGCUAUUUUCUAUUUCGGGUAUUUUGCGUGGAGUUGGCCUAGUUCCUAUUUGGUUGUCAGACUUCCUUUGGGAAAGUACCUUGGGGUGGCUGCUUGCGUUUGGGGGGCUUGUCUCAUGGCUCAUGCUGCCUGCAAAAAUUGGGGGGGACUCAUGGCAGCUCGAUUCUUCCUUGGUGUUGGAGAGGCAUCUAUUGCCCCGGGAUUUGCCCUAAUUACGGGAAUGUUCUAUACCAGAGAGGAACAACCAGCUCGACAGGCGGCCUGGUUUAUCGGUAAUUCCAUUGCUGUCCUCCUUGGUGGAUUGAUUGCGUACGGCAUCGGAAACAUUCAUACCACAGCGAUUGCCCAAUGGCAACUUUUAUUCCUUAUCCUAGGGGCUGUCACAUCUGCGUAUGGUGUCAUCUUGUUCCUCGCUUUACCUGACUCGCCGGCCAAAGCCAUUUUCCUCAAAUCUAACGAGCGGGCCAUCGCAGUUCAACGAACCUUGAAAAAUAAAACUGGAGUUUUGGAUCAGGGAAAGUUCAGGUGGAACCAAGUUUGGAUGGCCAUAAAGGAUCUUCAGAUGUGGUUUCUAGUACUAUACACCCUAUGUGUCAACUUUUGCAAUGGGGGGCUCACGAGCUUCUCUGCUAUCAUUAUCACGGGCUUUGGCUUUCCCCACCUCGAGGCACUUCUCAUUCAAAUGCCUAUUGGAGGUGCUCAACUCGUCUUUCUGCUCCUGACCUCGGGAGUUGCCUCACUUGUCCCCAAGUCUCGAAUCCUUAUGAUGAUAUUCAACACAGCAGUCUCGAUGGUGGGUAUGCUACUAAUUUGGAAGCUCGACGAUGAUAAUCGGGCUGGGAAGAUGACUGGCCUAUGUCUGGGUGGUGUCUUCGCUGCGAACAUACCUUUGUCUCUCAGUCUGAUCAGCUCAAAUGUCGCUGGGUUUACGAAGAAAAGCACAGUGAGUGCGCUCAUGUUCGCGGCGUACUGCAUUGGUAACAUUGUGGGGCCUCAAUUCUUUCUUCCCUCUGAGGAACCGUCAUAUCCGACCGGAAUAAAAGCAGCCAUGUCGGGCCUCGCCUUCGGAAUUUUCUUUUUAAUAUGUCUUUACGUCUUUUAUGUCUGGGAGAAUCGCCGCCGAGAUAAAUUGUACGGAUCCCCGAGGGAAUUGACGGAAUCAGAAGAACUACAGGACGAGCUAUCCAACAAGACCGAUCACGAGAUUGAAAGUUUCCGGUACUUGCUUUGA